GGCCGAUUUCAAACCGCUGCCAUCGCGGCUCCAUUGUUCGCCGGGCGGGCGGGCCCCGCCCCCCUUUGUGCGCGGCGGCCGCGAUUGGCCGGCGCCGGGCGGAGCGCUGCCGUCACCGCUCGGGAAGCCCAUUCAUCUGUGCACUUGGGCGUUGGACUCCGCAUCUUAUUAGCAACCAGGGAGAUUUCUCCAUUUUCUCCUUGUCUACAUAUUUAUACCAACCCAACGCUCUUUGUUUCCCCUCCUUUUGGAUCUGUUGAGUUUCUUUGUUGAAUAAGACAGCAUGGGUGCCCAGUUCUCCAAGACCGCUGCAAAGGGCGAAGCCUCCGCCGAGAAACCUGGGGAAGCAGUGGCUGCAUCUCCAUCCAAGGCGAAUGGACAGGAGAACGGCCACCUGAAGGUGAACGGCGACGCCUCCCCCGCGGCGGCGGAGGCGGGCAAGGAGGAGGUGCAGGCGAACGGCAGCGCGCCCGCCGAGGAGACGGGCAAGGAGGAGGCGGCCUCGUCGGAGCCCGCCUCCGAGAAGGAGGCGGGAGAGGCGGAGAGCACCGAGCCGGCCUCCCCGGCGGAGGGCGAGUCCUCCCCCAAGACUGAGGAGGGCGCGACCCCCUCGUCCAGCAGUGAGACCCCGAAAAAAAAAAAGAAGCGCUUUUCCUUCAAGAAGUCCUUUAAGCUCAGCGGCUUCUCCUUCAAGAAGAACAAGAAGGAAGCCGGCGAGGGGGCCGAGGGCGAGGGCGGCGCCGCCGCCGCGGCGGCGGAGGGCGGGAAGGAGGAGGCGGCGGCCCCUGAGGCGGCGGGCAGCGAGGAGGGCAAGGCGGCCGCCGAGGAGGCGUGCGCGGCCGGCAGCGCCGAGGCGGCCAAGGAGGAGGCGGGGGACUCGCAGGAGGCCAAAUCGGACGAGGCCGCCUCCGAGAAGGCGGCGGGAGAAGAGGCCCCGGCAUCGGCGGCGGCCGAGGAGCAGCAGCCGCCUCAGCAGGCAGCGGAGGGGAAGGCGAAGGCGGCGGAGGAGGCGGCGGGCGCCGGCGCCGCCACGAGCGAGGCGGGCAGCGGCGAGCAGGAGGCGGCCCCCGCGGAGGAGCCGGCGCGGCAGGAGCCCCCCGCCGAGAGCAGUCCCGAGGGACCCGCCGCCGAGUCGGCGGAGUAGUAAGCGCCGCCGCCGCCCCUCGCCGACGGACUUUUCUUCCCCCCUGUUUGUUUUUGGAGUGGUGCCAGGUACUGGUCUCGGAGAACUUGUCUACAACCAGGGAUUGAUUUAAAAGAUGUCUCGUUUCUUUUUUUUCUCUCCCCCCGCAGCUCCCAUCUCAAAUCGUUAUGUGUUGCCGCCAUUCCAACGGGCGGAGGGGGGCUCCCCUCCGCCUUCCUCUCCCAUCCUCUAUAUUUUGGUUUUUUUGGGGUUUUUUUUUUCAUCAGUAUUAAUGUUUUGUUUUGGUUGGUUCGGGUUUUUUUUCCGUUAUUUUUUUUCGUUUUUUGGGUUUUUUGUUUGGUUUUAUUUUGUUAGUUUAUUUUUUAAUUUCAUACUUUGCAACUCUCUUCAUAUUAUAAAACUUUUGCCGAUCGGUCUAUGGACAUGCCCAUAUAUGAAGGAGAUGGGUGGGUCAAUAAGGGAUAUCAAAUGAAGUGACAGGGGCCGCAGUGGGGAACCCGGGGCGCGCAGCCCUUGCCGGGAGCGCGCCCCGCCAGAAAUGAUGUAAGGGGUUAGUCUUUUUUUUAAAAGAAAGUUAUUACGAUGUAUUUUGUGAGGCAGAUGUUCUAUAAGGUUUACAACACUACAAGUCUUGAUUAAGAAGGAAAGGAAAAAGGAAAAAAAAAUAAAAAAUAAAAAUCAAUACCCAGAUAAAGAGAUCAUAGUCUUAGAAAUUCAUUUAAACCAUAGGAACUUUUCACUUAUCUCAUGUUAGCUGUAUCAGUCAGUGAUUAAGUAGAAAUACAAGUUGUAUAGGCUUUAUUGUUUAUUGCUGGUUUAUGACCUUAAUAAAGUGUAAUUAUGUAUUACCAGCAGGGUGUUUUUAACUGUGACUAUUGUAUAAAAAAAACAAAUCUUGAUAUCCAGAAGCACAUGAAGUUUGCAACUCUUUCCACCCUGCCCAUUUUUGUAAAACUGCAGUCAUCUUGGACCUUUUAAACACAAAUUUUAAACUCAACCAAGCUGUGAUAAGUGGAAUGGUUACUGUUUAUACUGUGGUAUGUUUUUGAUUACAACAGACAAUGCUUUCUUUUCCAGUUGUCUUUGAAAAUAAAGGAAAACUCUUCAGAUGCAAUGGUUUUUUUUUUUGGUUUUUUUUUUUUUUUGUGUAGCAUCUUGUCUAUCAUGUUUUUGUAAAUACUGGAGAAGCUUUGACCAAUUUGACUUAGAGAUGGAAUGUAACUUUGCUUACAAAAAUUGCUAUUAAACUCCUGCUUAAGGUGUUCUAAUUUUCUGUGAGCACACUAAAAGCGAAAAAUAAAUGUGAAUAAAAUGUA